AUGAAAAAAUUUUUAUUCUUCAUCCAUUGCUGUACUAUUUAUAUCUUGACGAUCCUUUUAUUUUCAGUAGACUUAACAUUUUCCAAGAAAAAUUAUGAUGUUGAAGUUUUAUUGAGAAAUAAACGCUAUCUACUUUUUCCAAACCCAUUAGAGAGUGAAACUAAAGUUCAGGUACUCUUUGGACUUGGAUUACCAAUGGAAGGUGAAGUGUCAACAAUUCUAGGCUAUGUUUUAAAAUGUAACUACAACCUACCUUACAAUUCAUCAGCCAUUACUCACCCAUACAUCAGAUAUCAACGUGAUGCUAUUAGAAGUGAACAUAAUCAUGUCAGACCUAUGUCCAGAUGGGAAUUUUAUCGACUUCUGGAAUCAGCUCUGGAGACCUUGGGCUCUGGAAAAGCAUGCUUACUUCGAGCUAUCUGUGAAGCUGCACAAACUUCUUUUGAUGAAAGUAACGGACUCCUUGGAGAGCUUCUACAUGUUAUCCUGACACCUUCAAGUACCACAGAACAUUCAGAUGUUUAUGAAGAUCGAGAGUAUUAUGCUGCUGAAUUUAUUGGAAAGUUCUCAGAGGGUGGAUGUCACUUUUCUUUUCCUGAAUGCUUCACUGAUCCAUUGAGUUAUUUCACCAUAUUUUAA